AUGAAUGUUGCUCGUCGCGUGCCUCCUGCCGACGAUGCCGACGGCAACGACGACGCUGCUGCCAUGGGCCUCUGCUGGGGCCAGCCGAAGAUCCCGGACCCGUUCGUCUGGCCCCAGGCCGACGCGCUGGCCUCGUCGGAGAGGGAGCUGGACGCGCCCGUGGUGGACGUCGGGGCCGCCAUGCGCGGCGGCGGCGGCGGCGACGGGAUGCGCCGCGCUGCCGAGCAGGUCGCCGCGGCGUGCGCUAGCCACGGGCUGUUCCAGGUGACCGGGCACGGGCUGGACCCGGCGCUGGCGCGCGCCGCGCUCGACGGCGCCGCGGGCUUCUUCCGCCUCCCGCUCGCUACGAAACGGCGCGCCCGCCGCGCCCCCGGGAACGUGACCGGCUACGCCGCCGCCCACGUCGACCGCUUCACGGCCAACCUGCCCUGGAAGGAGACGCUCUCCUUCGGCCACCGCGACCACCGGGCGGCCGGCGCCCACGUCGUCGUGAACUACUUCACCUCCGUCCUAGGCAGCGAGUUCAAGCCCUUAGGGGCGGUGUACCAGGAAUACUGCGAGGCGAUGAAGCAGGUGUCGCUGGCGAUCAUGGAGGUGAUCGGGGUGAGCCUGGGUGUGGGGCGGAGCUGUUACAGGGACUUCUUCGCCGACGGCUGCUCCAUCAUGCGGUGCAACUACUACCCGCCGUGCCCGGAGCCGGAGCGGGCGCUGGGCACGGGGCCGCACUGCGACCCCUCGGCACUCACCCUCCUGCUGCAGGACGGCGCCGUCGACGGGCUCCAGGUGCUCGUCGACGGCGAGUGGCGCCCCGUCCGGCCGAGGCCCGGCGCGCUCGUCGUCAACAUCGGGGACACGUUCACGGCGCUGUCGAACGGGCGGUACCGGAGCUGCCUGCACCGCGCGGUGGUGCACCGGGAGCGGGAGCGGCGGUCGCUGGCCUUCUUCCUCUGCCCGCGCGAGGACCGCGUGGUGCGCCCGCCGCCGCGCCUCCUCGCCGCCGCCCGCGGGCAGGAGGAGAGGCGACGGCGCUACCCGGACUUCACGUGGGCCGACAUGGCGCGCUUCACGCAGCGCCACUACCGCGCCGACGCCCGCACGCUCGAGGCCUUGGCGCGCUGGCUCGGCGCGGCCGCCCCCACCUGCGCCGCGGCGACGUCGGCGUCCCAGAGCCAAGACAAGGCGCAAGAGACAGCUUAGCUAGCUAGCUACCUUUGGCUAGCCAAGUGCUGCUGCUACUAGAUUAGUGUGGCGUGGUAGCCUCUCUGUAUCAAUUGUUCUAGCUCAUGUAUUCGGAGCUAGCCCAUGCAUGGUACGGUAUAAUAAUUUAUCUACUACUGGAUGCACAUCAAGCUCUAUCCGCAUGUAAUUAAGUACGAUUGCUUAUUAAGGAGUGUCUUUGUGACAUAUAUACUCUUAAAAGAAUCCAUUAAACAUAAGGCUUUAGCUCUUUUUGUUUCUUGAUCAGAUUAUA